UUCAUCGCGGCGGAUCUCAAAGCAAACAAGUGUUGUGCGGAAAUUAAAUUCGUAAUUUUAGACUUAAAUUCACUUCCAAAAAUGGUUAUUUAAGUGUCGGUUUAUCGAAGAGUUAUAAGUGCGAGAUAGGGAACAGUUGCAGCGGUCAGGCAGACUGCGAAAAGUUUGCUUUAAUCUAAUUAACUACUAAUUAUGUAAGUUGGAAGGACUUUCUGGUGUCGGCGUAGGAAGAACCUAAACAUUACAGCAGCAAAAUGCUUCCCCGGAUCUGCAUAAAAUUCCGCAUCAAAUAUGUGAUCUCGCUGAUCGUGAUGCUGCUGGUGCUGGAAUAUUUUGGCGCGUUCACGCACAUGUUCGAGGCGGACUUCGAGCGGACGUUCACCUACCCGAUGGAGGGCGACAUCCUGUCCAAUGUGUACCAGUUGCGUCACGGCCAACGGCCGGCUGUGGAGCCGAUCAACGGGUACAACUAUACGUACAUUACGGAUUGUCAGCACAAGUGCAAGGAGGACGACCGAAUGAUUGCGCCGCGGUUGGUGCUUGUGGUCAAAUCGGCCAUGGAACACUUUGAUCGGCGGGUGGCAAUUCGGAAAUCUUGGGGCUGGGAAAAGCGUUUCUCGGAUGUGAAGAUUCGGACAAUUUUCGUGCUGGGUCGGCCAGCCAAUGCGGAUCGUCGGCUGCAGUCGUUGAUCGAUCUGGAGUAUGCGAAUUAUCGGGACAUUGUUCAAGGAGAUUUUGUUGAUUCCUACUUCAACAAUACAAUCAAGACGAUGAUGGGCUUCCGGUGGGCCGUCAGUUACUGCCCCCGGGCCAAGUUCUACAUGUUUGCGGACGAUGAUUUCUACAUCUCGUCGAAGAAUUUGCUCAAGUACGUUCGCAACCCGGUGAACUAUCCAGAAUAUCUGGAGGAGACGGAUGAAGCACUGAGAAAGCUGGCGCGAAGGCUGAGUCAAACGACCAGCAAUAACAACAGCUCGGUCGUAGAGGAACCAGAAGCGCAGAAAAACGUAAGCCAUCCACGGGCCAAACGGCAGAUAUUGAACAUGGAUAUGGAGCUGCCGCGGGACGUGAAGCUGUUCUCCGGGUUUGUGUUCCGAUCGGCGCCUCACCGACACCGGAGCAGCAAGUGGUACGUCUCGCUGGAGGAAUAUCCGUGGGACAUGUGGCCAACGUAUGUUACGGCAGGGGCAUUUUUGCUGUCGCACGAAGCCCUAUUUGAGAUGUACUACGUCAGCAUGUACACCAAACAUUUUAGAUUCGACGACAUCUACCUGGGCAUCGUCGCCCUCAAGGCCGGAAUUGAACCACUGCAUUCGGAGGAAUUCUACUUCCACAAGGCUCCAUUUUUAGGCCCACAGAGCUACAAGUAUGU